CAACUCUCGCUCUGAUGGGCGUUGCCUUUUCCCUCAUUCGUGAAAAAAGUCCGUGAGCGUGACAUUCUGGAGUUUCACCACGGAUAUCAAGCUUGUCAUCGGAUUUAGCGUAGUGCAAAACUGAAUCCACUAGCACAAACAUGUCAGUUUGGGAUGAUUUGGAUUUGCUGUUGGACUCCCCCUCCUCACUGAGCGUGACAUCCAACGCAAGGGGAACUGUGAAGGACAACGCCAAUUUUAAAGUGGAAGAGGAUGUGGCGGCCAUAAGGAAGGCAAUAGAGGGCAUUGGCACAACAGAAAAGACCCUAAUCGAGGUGCUGACCCAAAGAAGCAACGCUCAGCGUCAACUCAUCGCUAACGCCUACGAGAAAGCCACGGGAAGAGCAUUAAUUGCUGAUCUGGAAGGUGACACCCAUGGAGACUUUGAGGAUUUGUUGGUGGCCUUAGUAAAACCUCCUGCCGUCUACGACUGUCAUGAGGUCAUCAAAGCCAUCAAGGGAGCAGGGACCACCGAGUGCUCGUUGACUGAACUCUUUGCAUCGAGAUCCAAUAGACAAAUCAAAGCCAUGUCUGACGAGUACCUGUCAGAAACGGGAAAAUUGAUGAUUCACGACCUCAAGUCAGAGGUGUCUGGAGAUUAUGGCAAAGCACUGCUCAUCUUGGCCGAAGGAAAGCGGGACGAGAGCCUCGGUGUGGAUUCAGCCCAAGCUAAAGCAGAUGCCAAAGCUUUGUAUGAGGCAGGAGAAAAGAAGUGGGGAACCGACGAGGGCAGGUUCAUUGACAUCUUGUGCCACAAGAGUGUUCCUCAGCUAAGACAAACUCUGGUGGAGUACAAGAAUAUAAGUAAGAAGACUCUGCAGGAGAGCAUCGAGGGUGAAAUGUCCGGAAACUUGGAGGAGCUUCUCGUGGCUGUUGUCAAAUGUGUGAAAAGCGUCCCAGCGUACCUCGCAGAGCGGCUUUUCAAGAGCAUGAGGGGUUUGGGGACAACAGAGUCCACACUGACCCGGAUACUGGUCAGCCGCUCCGAAAUUGACUUGCUGGACAUUAAAGCAGAGUAUAAGAAGCUGUUUGGAUAUUCACUCUACUCUAAGCUGGAGUCUGAAGUGUCAGGCAGCUACGGUGACGCCCUGAAACAUCUGUGCGGCCAAGACUAACUCCCUCGAAAUUCCUGCAAUGACAAAUGGACGAGGAGGGACUUUUCCCAAUAGUGGAACACAAAGGACAACUUGAAUGGAACAUGGCAUUUUAGCUAUUUUGGUACUAAGCCUCACAAACCUAAAAGCAUUUCACAUUCCACUGACUGAUAACUGUGACAAUUAAAUAAAGCAAUACCAAGAUA